AAGUGAGCGUAGGGGGGUGGCCCAAACGGGCCAAAAGCAAGAAGGCAAAAAAGAGCAAGGACGUGGUGUUUGAUGUGUUGAGAUACAAAUCAAUAUAUAAACCUAUGAAUCUAUGGACUUAAUGGAUUGAAAGAAACGCACGUGACGGAACGCAUAGUGUUAGCGCGCUCUUGACAUUUUGGACGAGUUUGAGGGCACAAUUGCAUGUAUGGUCAACUUGAUUCACUUUUAUAGAAUUUAAUUUAAUUUUAUUGCAUACAGUUCUUAUUUUUAUUUGCACAAGUUGUUGUUCAGAACGCUCGGUGAACAUUCCGAAAAAGACGAAUUCGAAUGUAGUUUAUAAAGAUGCUAUUUGCUUUCACAAGGCAACACCCUCUGACUAAUAUUUAUACCGAAACCAUCCAAUGGAUACGACUGGUUUAAUUCAUCAUUUCUAAUUCAUUCCUGAUGUUAUUCAUACCACUGGUCUCGCAGCGUUGGACGGAUAAAGCGUAAAGGAAGCGCGCCUUCUCUCUGUUUGGACACACCGCAUGAUAUAAUAAUGUAUUAAAUGAACUGUUGGGAUAAAUUGUGUCUUUAUUUCUAAUUUCAACCAAAAUGACUAUCAAACUGGACUUCGAAGAAUGUCUGAAAGACUCCCCACGAUUCAGGGCAGAAAUUGAGAAGGUGGAGGUAAAUGUUAAUGAAUUGGAGACCAGGCUUGAGAAGUUGGUGAAACAGUGCCACACUAUGCUGGAUGCAGGUCGUGUCUAUUGCCAGAACAGUAAAAGUUUUGUCAUAGGCCUCAAAGAGCUGGGACACCACUGUUCUGAGGACAAAACUAUGGGGGAGUGUUUAGAAAAGUUUUCUAACAAACUGUCUGACAUCCUCUGUGCUCAAGAGGAGGUGAUUGAUACCACACAGAAGUCUGUGAAGUUGAAACUACAGAGUUUUGUGAAAGAUGAUGUGAAGCGUUUUAAGGAUGUACGUAAGGAGUUUGAGCGCAGCAGUGAGAACCUGGAUGCGGCCCUCAGCAGAAAUGCUCAGGCACCUCGAGGGAAACAGCACGAGGUGGAAGAGGCCAGCAAUAACCUGCUAAAUGCAAGAAGAGCCUACAGAUCAGGGGCACUGGACUACGUACUGCAGAUUAAUGUCAUUGAGUACAAGAAGAAGACUGAAAUUCUAAUGGCGAUGCUUUCUCUUAUGGAGGCCCAGGCUCUGUUCUUCCGGCAGGGUUACCAGUCACUCGCAGAACUGGAAAACUACCGCAAGCAACUGAGUGAUGAGUACACUCAACUGGUCCUCAAUUCUGCAAGAGAGAAAAGGGACAUGGAGCAGAGACACGCUGCUGUCAAGAAAAAGGAUGUGUCCUAUGAUGACUCUAUUAUGGACUUCAGCCCAGAUGCACCCAAUGGCAUCGUAAUGGAAGGCUACCUGUACAAGAGGGCCAGCAAUGCUUUCAAAACGUGGAGCAGGCGCUGGUUCUCCAUUCAGAAAAACCAGUUGGUUUACCAAAAGAAACAUAACGAGCAGCUCACAGUUGUUGUGGAGGACCUGCGUUUAUGCACAGUGAAGCCGUAUGCUGAACAAGAGAGACGGUUCUGCUUUGAGGUCGUCUCUCCGUCUAAGAGCUGUCUGUUACAGGCUGAUUCAGAGCGACAGCAGCAAGGCUGGUUCAGCGCUGUCCAAAACAGCAUCGCCUCUGCGUUCCAAGAGAGAAGAGAUGACACACUUGGUUCUAGAGAUCGCUGUAGUUCAGUUUCUGCGGGAAGUUUGAGUGGAAGUGGAGUGGAAUCAGAAUCUUUUCAUCGGGAUGCCCUGGAGGAGGUGCAGGCCAUCCCAGGUAAUGGGCAGUGCUGUGACUGCGGGGAGCCUGGACCGGACUGGGCCUCCAUUAAUCUGGGCAUCACACUGUGCAUAACCUGUUCUGGUAUACACAGGAGUUUAGGUGUCCACUUCUCAAAGGUACGAUCCCUUACGCUGGACUCCUGGGAGCCGGAGCUUGUCAGACUAAUGUGUGAGUUGGGAAAUACAGCUAUUAACAAGAUUUAUGAGGCGCGCAUUGAUGAGAUCACCAUCAAGAAGCCACAUCCGUCUAAUCCAAGGCAAGAUAAGGAGUCAUGGAUUCGCUCAAAAUACGUAGAGAAGAAAUUCAUCCACAAGCUCCCAGAGACGGGUCGAGGUCCUCUCCUGCGUCGCUCCAGUGCCCGACGUAACCAACCAACCACGCAGGGCAAACAAGGCACACGCCCCGCCCUCAAACCCAAACCCACCCGAGCCACUCUACCACGACUCAAGGGCCUUACCCCAAGUGACAUAAUGAAGAACAAUUCCAGCCCUCACAAAGAAAAUGAUGAAGAGAAUGAUCUAAGUGGUCUUCAUCCUGGCGCUUUGUUGUAUCGAUCCGCAGCGAUGCGACACUUCCCUCUCAUGGCAGAUGCUCUGGCUCACGGUGCUGAUGUCAACUGGGUUAAUGUGACUGAAGACAGCAGAACUCCACUAAUACAGGCUGCUAUGGCUAAUUCAUUGGCAGCCUGUGAGUUCCUUCUGCAGAAUGGGGCUAGUGUUAACCUGGUGGACUCAGAUGGAAGGGGGCCACUACACCAUGCUACUGUACUAGGACAUACAGGGUUGGUGUGUCUGUUUCUUAAGAGAGGAGCAGACUACAAUGCAAAAGACAUUGAAGAGAAAGACCCAAUCAGUAUAGCCAUAGAUAACGCCAAUGCAGACAUUGUCACGCUACUCCGGAUAGCCAAGAUGGACAGGGAGAUGCGGGAGAUGGACGGCGCUCCUUCAGGUGAUGAUACUUACCAUGACAUCUUCAGGGAUUUCUCACAAAUGGCCUCCAACAACCCAGAGAAGCUUAAACGCCGUAGCGCUGACAUGAAAUAAACCACCUGACCACUAGAUGUCCAUGUUACUCCAACACACACAUACAUUCACCCUCAGUACAGAAAGUGAUAUAACCACGUUCUACUGCUUUUUUUGCUGAAUCAUCACCCAGCAGGCCCCAGAGUAAACCGUAACCUCCUAUGACAUGCUGCUUCAUUUGGUUUAUAUAUCAUACAUGAGCAUAUAUUCCCAUUAAUGUGUUUCAUAAAGUCUGGGUUUUGGCAUAUUUAUCCCAGUUUAGGCUUUAUGAUAUAAUUAAGACUGUUUGCAUUGCAUGUGAUCAUUCUAUUUCCAGUUAUUUCUUCAGGCACAAUACUUAUUCUGUGCUCACCUAAUUUAUCUUUUACAGUACUAAUCAGUUAGAUCUAUUGGGAGCAAUUCAUAUUGAGCAAGUUUAUGUUCCGAAUGCUGUGAGAGCAACAAAUGGAAUAUUGCAGAAAACAGUGGAGUAGAUGCAGUGCCUUGUUUUUACAUUUUAACAAUUGUCUGUGGACACAAGUUGCUAUUCUUAUUUUUAUUCACUCUUAAGAGAGACAGUGUUAAUGCAACUUGAAUGCUAAUGUUAUUUUGAGUGGGUGGUCAUUAUUUUGCUGGUUCUCCUAUAUCAUUUUAUCUGUUUUUUCUCCAUUAAGAACAAAACAACCAUUAGAAAAUACGUUAUUUGCUGUGUUUUGAGAGUAUUAUCUGAAAAUGAUAAUAUGCAGCUAAAAAAAAUAAAUGAUACAAAUCACAUGUAAUUUGCAUUUCUGAGCUAGAAAACAGGUAACAAGUGAAUUUACAGGGCGACUAGGAUGAUCAUUUAACGUUGAAACCGAAAAUGUCUUUAAUAUAUUCCUUUCACUUGAAUCCAUAAUAAAACAUA